ACAGCGAUAUUUUUCGAAUUCAAGCACUACAAACCCAAAAAAGACAUCGUGAGUACGAGAUGUUUCGCAUUCAUGGAACAAGAUGAGUUCAAGCCGGGUCCCGCCUGCAUAGAACUGUAAGUAGACAGGCUUUGUUUAAAAACGGCGAAGUUUUUGAUUUUUUUGUGGGUCUACUGGUUCCGUGUACUACGACUACCCCCUCAUUAGGGUUCACGAAAUACGCGAGUGCGCGUGAGAUUCGCUGCCCGCGAUGACAGGCUACACGCGGUGGAAGGAGAGAAAUGAGAGACCUUCGUUUUCUCUUCUUUCUCUGUCUCGCCAACGAGUGACUCCCUUUCCUGUUUUUGCUGUGUCUCCUGUGUCUCGCGGCGGUUUUCACCCGCGCUCGCGUACUUUCUGCAUCCUAUUAUCCCUGAGAAAGUCUGUUCCAGAAGUUUAGAUUGUGGACAGUGGCGCGAAAUCCCCCAGUCGCCGCCCCAACUCUGCUAACUUCUCUUUGUGCACUGCACCCUGUCUCAAUCCCUGGAAAAGGCUGUCUCCGAAGGUAGUCAAGGACCGCUCGUAUUUUACUGAAUCUGCUAGCUUUCAAUUAAGAAAGCUAACCGGAUUAACCUGUUCUUUUAGGUAUCAGAAGCCAACAGACUUUCACCGCAAGAGGUUAAACCUGUUGACGCAAAAACCGCUUUAUCUUCAUGUCACACUCAACAUUCUUGACGAUUAG